AGGUGAUGGCGAAUGUGGUGAUGGAGCAGCUGCUUCCGUCUCUGGAGAAAGACAUGCUGCCUCGUCUCAAAGCCAAGAAGAUGGAGAAGAAGAGAGUUUGGUUCGCUACGGUGGAGGCGGCGUACAUCCUUGUCCAGGAGCAUCUUCUGGAGGGACUGUCGGCGCUGAAGGAGGAAUGUCGGAGGUCUGUGCGGCAGCAGGAAGUGCUGAUCCACUCCGACAUGGACCAGAUCCUCAGAUCCAGACGUCAGCUGGAGGAAAAGGUCCAAGCCAAAGUGUCGGAGGCAGCGGAGAAGCUGUGCUCGGAGUCGGUCCAGCCGUACCUGGGCUCCAUCCUGGAGGAGCUGAUGGAGCCAAUCAGCUCGGGUUUCCAGGAGGGACGACAGCUGAGCGAGAACAUGAUGGACAGUUGUCAGGACGUCCUGGUGGGAGGAGACAAAGAGGAACUGAAGAAG